AUUAAGUUAGUAUCCUACGCCGCACGCCGCGGAAGAUAGCCGAAAAGUUGGUGUUUUUAACUUGAGAAACGCGCGUCAGUGGGGAUUUAAUGAGCAAUUCUUCAAUGAAAAUGGUGGAGAAGAACCUGACAAAUAUAACUGAGGAUGAGGCUGCUCUCUACGACAGACAAAUCCGGCUGUGGGGACUCGAUGCCCAGAAGAGGUUGCGAUCAUCACGUGUGUUGGUGGCAGGUGUGUGUGGGAUGGGAGCAGAAGUCACCAAGAACCUAGUCCUAUCAGGCAUCAAGUCCCUGAUGCUCCUUGACCACAGAAAUUUGACAGAUAUUGAUGUUUGUGCCAACUUCCUUGCUCCACAUGAUGCUGUUGGUCAAAAUAUUGCAGAAGUGUCCAAAGAGAGAGCUCAGAUUCUCAACCCAAUGGUGGAAGUCUCCUCAGACUCAGAUGACAUUGAAAACAAAACUGAUGAAUUCUUCAAGCAGUUUGAUGUGGUGUGUGCUAUGCGAUGCAGCAAGGAACAGCUCUUGAGAAUCAGCAACAUCUGCCACCAGAAUAAAAUCCUCUUCUUCGGGGGAGACGUAUUUGGCAUGAUCGGUUACAUGUUUGCCGAUCUUCAGGAACACCAAUAUGUAGAAGAAGUUAAAGAGAAGGUUGAGGUAGAACAAGAUGGUAAAAAGCAAACUGUUGAAGAGACGAAAAUGGUGAAACGCACAGAAAACUUUGUCCCCCUCAGCCAGGCACUGGACGUAGACUGGACAACCACCAAGUAUGCAAGCCAGCUGAGAAGAACAUCCUCUACUUAUUUCAUCAUGCACA